AUGCCCAAGAAGCUGUCCGUAAAAGACGUCAAAGGGAGUGCACACCCUUAUUCGAGAAAGGCUAGACAGUUAGAAAGGUCUCAUCUACGAGAAGACAAGCUCAAAACUGGGAAGGAAGUAAGAUGGGCUAGUCGACAAAAGAUAUUGGACAAGGCCGCCUUCUUCAAGUUUGCUAUAUCCGAUGAUGAUUCAGUCGCUUCUGCUGAUCAAGUCCAUGAUGCCGUUACGAUGUAUAUGCAAAGGAAUGAUAAAGAAAUAGCACGUCUAGAAGCUGAAACAAGACCAAACAGGCCACGAUCAAAAAAUCUGCCUAUACUUUAUUCGUUAAAAGAACAAGAGGAAAAGGAAUAUUUGCAAGGCAUUUUGGAAAUACCGGAUCUUCGGGAUGCCGACAACGUUAAAGUCUUGAAGGAGUGGAAUGGUGGUGAGGACUCAUUCGCCCGUAUCAAGUGGGCGAGGAAAACACGCUCACCAUUCACCAUUCGUUCAUCACCACUUCGCUCACCAACAAAGUCAAAGGAGCUGAAGAUGCUGUCAGCAGAAGCAGAGUCCACUAGUGACAAGACCGUCGUCGAUUACAUUACUCGAGAAUUGGUCGCAGCGGGCUUCCUAAGCGCAGAACUAGAAAAGGAAGAGCGUGAACAGGUGCCUCCAUUCAUCGUCAAUACUUUAUUCUUACUCUUGCAACAACGUCAGAAAGAUGCAGAUGUGCGAGAAGAAUUGACUGACCGGUUACGACGGACAACGAAUGAGUAUGAAAUGGUUAAUGCUGCUUUGGCCAAGACGAAAGCUAAAGUGGAAGCUGCUGAACGAGACAAUGAUUUCCUAUCAAUGAAGAUCGAAGCUACAGAAAAGUCAUUAAAAGACGUGAACACGACGUUGUCAUCAACCAAAGAAGAACUACGAGUCACCAAAUUUACUCUCCAACAAGCAAAAGCACAAUUCCUACACGAAGUCCGUAAAAAGGAACGUGAUCAAGAAAAAUGGAAGGAACGACAUCUUGCUCGUCCCGAUUCCAAACCAUCUGGACCACCUGGAAAGCAAGGACAACAACUGGAACAACAAAAGAUACGAAUAAUCAACCCAUUACGGCCAACGAUAACACCACGAGUUAAGAAGGAGGACGAAAUCUAUGGGUUGGUCAUCAAGACAUAUGAAGACCGUGAAAAGGAGGUGUUGGUAGAGAAUGAGGAUUUGAGAGAGACUUUGCAUCGUAUUUAUUGCAUGUUGAGGGAACGGCAUGCUGAAUGUGCUAGAAUGCAUGGUGAUGAUACUGUUUCUGAGCUCAAGGAUCGAUCAGCACAAUUCCGACUUCCGCUCAACAUAGCACGACAAGCACUAGCUCAGUUGAUACUAGAUGCUAUGGAGAGUCUACGACAAGAAUUUCAAAUAGUUUAUGACAAGUAUUUGGAAUUGUCUGGUCGUGCUGCGGAAGCUUCUGGUGCUGUAGUUCCAGAAGCAGUUGCUCCAGUGGUUGUCGUGAAUCAUGAAGAAUUGGAUGUGCUCAAGAAGCAGUUGGGUGUGUGUCAGCAAAUAAUAGACGAGCAAAACAGAUUGUUGAAUCUGUCUCUUGCCCCUGAAAAUGGCAUGGAUGAUAAUGAUCCAGAAUAUCGCUUCUUGGAGUCUACACAAGACGAUGUCAAUAAACAAAUGGAAGAGAUACGUCGACAACGUGAACAGUUGGAGUCUGAGCGUAGACGGUUUACAGAUGCUGCAGUGAAGCUGGGAGUCGAGAGAGUGAAUCUUCAGAGAGACAGAGAAGAGUUUGAGGAGGAAAUUCGGGCCUUUGAGACUCGCCGUGUCCUGUCUACUAUGCCACCAACUCCAGGAUGGCUCACACAGCAACAGCAACACCAAGCAACACCCUUCAAUCGACCACAACGAGCAUUCCGGGCUAGUGGCGAAUCUGAAAUAUUGGCCGAAUCCGAUUCCUUGACUCCCACUGGAAUCACUAGUGGCAAUGGUGGUGGUAUAUAUUUCAGCCCCAGUGUCUCUACCAUUGCCAGUACCACACCAUCAAGUAUCAAAUCAGUACUCAAACGAGUUGUAUCAUUGCCUUCUCAAAAGAUGAGUGAACAUCCGCUACAACAGCAGCAACAGAAUCAACAACACAAGAAGAUGGAACAACACAAGAAGGUGGUGAUAUCAGAGUGA